AAAAAUAUUUAAAAUACGACUAGCCGUCGGUGGUGUUGUAUAUUUAUAUUUUGGGCUGCCUCCAGAGGUACAGCUACAUGACCCAAACAAAGGCAUCUUGGCAAUUGUUUUGUAGCAUCAAUGGUAGUGCCCCUUCCUUCUCUGCAGGUGCAGGCUAUUCUCAUCCUGCUUGUGGUAGGAAAUGCGCAAGGUCUCCGGGGAAUUAGAUUAAGCUCUGAGGAACUGGUGUCUGCUAGAGUAGUCCGUCACCUUGAUUUUAACUCUUCAAAUCCAAGUUCCAACGCCCUGAAUUCUACAAAACAUACAUGUACUCACCCCUAUGGCUUCUUGCCAUGCGCUUCCAAUAUUCCAGGCUUCAUCUUCCAAAUCGUAGUCCUUGAAUAUCUGCUGCUUGUGGGUGACAAAAUCUUAACAAAGGGUAGACAGCAACUCUUCAGUAUCCUCGGUGUCGGUAUCUAUGGUGCCACUGUAUUUCGCAUCCUUACAGUGCUACCCACUAUCGUGCUAGUUCUUGCAUCUGGGCUUGCUCAGAACAAAGAUGCUGCUCAAGCUAGAAUCGAGAACGGAGCUGGUACUCUUGCUGGAUCUACUGUUUUUUACUUGACAUUACAGUGGGGAAUUUGCGUCAUUCUUGGCAGAACUAAAAUAACCAAGGAAUUGUCACCUCCUCAGCAAGAAUCAUCAAAUGCCUCGACUCCUGCAGGGUGUUUGCGGGUUAAACGGCGAUUAUCAGUAUUAAAAGAAUAUGGGGUAAAGACGGACAAGGAGACGAGAUACGCAGCAGGGAUAAUGCUUCUGUCACUAAUUCCAUUUAUAAUUGUGGAAGUAGCUAGUAACUUCAAGUCACGGCCAUGGAGCCUCAUAGUGACUCUCACAGUAUCUGUCGCAGCAUUAGUUUCAUACUUGGGUUAUCAGUCGCGUAAUAAAUGGAUCCAAGAAAGAAGUUUAGAAUAUUCAAGGGAUCAGCUUCUGCUGGCUGGAUUCUUGGAUCAUUUGCAAAAUUUUGCUAAAAGAACUCUUGUCAAUGACGAAGGAAAUGUCGACGCUUCUUGCAUUAAAAGGACAUUCCGUAAGAUUGAUAAAGAUAAUGAUGAUCACAUAUCAAAAGAUGAACUCAGAGAAUUCUUAGCAAACAAGAAAUCUGGGCAUCUGGCUGUUGAUGAAGAAUUUGCAAUUAAACAACUAAUGAAACACUUCGACCAGGACAGUAAUCAUUUGAUUACUGUGGAUGAGUUUCUGGGUGGGUGUGAAAGAUUUGUCCGUAAUGCCAAGGAAAUGGUUGCUGAUAAAACUGACAGCUCAAAACAAUAUUUCCCAGGGAUACAUCGAAUGGUUCAACCAUGGAUUAAUAAAAGCAAGAGAAAAUUACUCGAAAUUGAGGAGCAAGUGUCAAAAAUUUUAAACACUGCCCAGAACGAACAACUUGCUUGCCUUCUCACUGAUGGAAAACCUGAUGAAGAGAAGAUACGAAGUCUCUUUGUGGAGUUUGACAAAGAUGGUGACAAAAAGAUGACAGUUCAAGAACUAAGAGAAAUGAUUGAGAGCAAAUUCAGAAGUGUAAAAUUGGAUCAUGAUGAUCUGGAGAAAAAAAUGAUGAAAGUUUUUGACAUGGACAAGGACAAUGUGCUGCAUGAGGAAGAAUUUUUGGUUGGAUUCAAGAAAAGGCUAUCCGAUGGUACUACCUCUCAAUUCUUCAAUGAAUGCAUAGAGAAAGAGAAAAGCAGUAUCAAAAAAAUGUCAAAGCGUUCACUGAUGAAAGCUUUACUUGGAGUUGGUCUUGGAACUGCAAUUGUGUCUUCCCUUGGAAUGCCUCUGGUGAAUAAUACCCAACUCUUAUCAGAACGCUUAGGCAUACCUUCUUUCUUCAUUUCAUUUGUGGUGCUUCCUUUCGCUGUAAAUUUCAAAACCGCAAUGGCAACAAUCUACCCUGCAAGUCAAAAGAAGGAAGGAGCAUGUUCAAUAAUGUUUUCAGAGAUUUAUGGAGCAGUAUUCAUGAACAAUAUUCUAGGCCUAUUGACCCUUGUAGCACUUAUUUGGGCAAGAGGGUUUUCAUGGGAUUUUUCAGCUGAAGUCCUAGUGCUAAUGGUGGUUAGUGCUAUAAUAGGAGUAAUGGGCUAUUGGCACGACACAUACCCAUUUUGGACUUUUAUCUUGGCAUUUUCUUUUUACCCAUUAUCUCUGGUGCUGUUCUAUGUAAUUCGUUUUCUUGUAGGCUGGAAAUAAGGCUUGAAAGAAAUCUGACCCUAUGUAUAAUUGCGUGUUAUUGUGUUCUUCAAAUGUGUUGUAUUAUCUAUGUUGAUUUACUUUUUC